AUGUCAAUCGAAUUUGAUCAGCUCCGAGAACUAUUGCAGCAGCAACAAAAGCAGUUUGAAGAAGCGCAACUGAAGCUCAUUGAAUCACUGACUCAGAAGCUGUAUAUCCAAACAGCAGCAGCCAGUACUGGUGAGUCUUCUGUUUCCUCAACUGAUGCAGCCGCGGCCUCAAUUACGGAGUUCACAUUUGACGCUCUUUCUGGUCACACUUUUGACUCCUGGUUCAAGCGUUACAUCGGUGACUUGCUCUACGGACCAACGUUCUUGAGCCACACGCGCGGGCAACACGAUCAGAUUUCGGAGCGAAUCUCCGAGAUGAAUUCAUUUAGAGGAACAAGGACAUUUGAAACAGCUUUGAUUUUCAAGGGAAUGGCAUAUGCGGUCAUAAGAAAUUUGCGUGGAGAAAUUGAGAUUGAUGGGAGACGUUUUAAGAAUGUGAGGACACGCUAG